GCACCUGAUUUGUCAUAUUUUUCGGUCAGACAACAGCUGAUCACUACUGAUCGUCUGAAUCCACACCAAUCUCCACCGCUCCAAUGGCUCGAAUACUAUCGAGAUCCACUCGUCAGAUAUAUAGUAGUCAAUCGACACUGCAACCACAGCAUCAUGCUGUCUCAGUUCGCUUCUAUGCCAAAGAAGCUUCUCCCAAAGCGCUAAAGGGCGAUGAUAUGUUGAAAGGGAUUUUCUUUGAUGUGAAGAAGAAAUUUGAGACAGCAAUCGGGAUUCUCCGGAAAGAGAAAAUUACAAUUGAUCCUGAAGAUCCGGCAGCUGUUGCUCAGUAUGCAAAGGUCAUAAAGACUGUAAGAGAAAAGGCAGAUCUGUUCUCAGAGUCUCAAAGAAUCCAGUACACCAUCAAGACACGUACCGAGGGAAUCAAGGAUGCCCGGUCUUAUCUGCUGGCUUUGAAGGAGAUACGUCUCAAGAGAGGCCUUACAGAUGAACUAGGUGCAGAAGCUAUGAUGAUGGAUGCACUUUUGAAAAUUGAGAAAGAACUUAAGAAGCCACUUAUGAGAAAUGACAAGAAGGGGAUGGCUCUCCUGAUGACAGAGUUUGACAAAAUAAAUCAGAAGCUUGGCAUCCGCAAGGAAGACUUGCCCAAGUAUGAAGAACAAUUGGAGCUAAAAAUUGCAAAAGCGCAACUCGAAGAACUGAAGAAAGAUGCUCACGAAGCAAUGCGUACACAGAAGAUAAGGGAGGAGUUCAAGGAUGAGGAGAUGGUGGAUGUGAAGUCCCUGGAUAUUCGAAACUUCAUCUGAAUCUGUUAAGCUUCCUUAAAUAUUCAGGCUAUCAAGCAUUUUAGUUUCUAGUUGCAAUGCAAGGUACGUUGGUGACACCAAGAGACAAAAAGUGCGAUUCUGUGCUAGUUUUGGUGCACAAUGUGUUCACUCCUGCUCCCCAACUUUGUUAAUAGCUUCUUUUCUCAAUGAUCUUGUGAACAAUCUGGAUUAUGUAUGCUUUUAUUAAUAGUUAAUAUAUGAAAGUUAUAACAA